UUCCUCCUGUAUUCAUAUUGUGUGCGCGCUGUUAUUUGUCGGUGGUACGUUUUCGAAUAGUUAAAAAAAAAUAUAUUUAAAAAAGUAAUCGAGUGAAAAGGAUUUGUCUUCAGCUAUGGUGGAGGAGGUACAGAAGCACUCUGUGCACACACUGGUGUUCAGAUCUCUCAAGCGCACUCAUGAUAUGUUCGUGGCUGAUCAUGCGAAGCCCAUUGAUAUGGAUGAAGAAAGCCACAAGGUCAAGAUGGCCGUCAAGUUGCGUACGGAGUACAGUGCUGUGCUGCACAUGCCAGUUUUCAAAGAGGGCAAAGACAAGGGCUCCCUCCAGAUCUCUGACCCCUAUGGCCAACAGAACUUCUCUGCAAACCCUGGGCAUGAUCCAGAGUAUCUUAUUACUGGAACUCAUCCAUACCCCUCUGGACCAGGUAUAGCCCUGACUGCUGAUACACAGGUACAGAAAAUGCCUAGUGACACAGGUGUUCAGUCUUUGGCAUUGGCACUACCACCAUCACAAGCAAGGCAAGAUGCUAACCGAACUGCAGCCAGCAUAGGAGAUAUUCACAGACAUGCGGGCAGUGCUGAGAGAACACAGCCCCCUUCACAUUCUAUGUCUCUAAUGGAGGCUGUAGGGACAAAGAAUUCUGCUUUAGCAACAAGGAAAGCACCAACCAUGCCCAAACCUCAGUGGCACCCACCUUGGAAACUGUACAGGGUAAUCAGUGGUCACCUAGGAUGGGUGAGAUCUAUAGCUGUAGAGCCUGGCAAUCAGUGGUUUGUCACUGGCUCAGCUGACAGAACUAUAAAAAUCUGGGACCUGGCUAGUGGAAAACUGAAACUGUCACUCACAGGACAUAUUAGCACUGUCCGAGGUGUCGCAGUCAGUUCACGCAGCCCAUACCUUUUCUCCUGUGGAGAGGACAAACAAGUUAAAUGCUGGGAUCUUGAAUAUAACAAGGUCAUCAGGCAUUACCAUGGGCAUCUAAGCGCUGUGUAUGAUUUAGACCUGCAUCCCACAAUCGAUGUUCUGGUGACUUGUAGCAGAGAUUCCACAGCCAGGGUAUGGGACAUCAGAACAAAGGCUAACGUGCACACACUAUCAGGGCACACCAACACAGUGGCCACAGUAAAAUGCCAGUCAGCAGAACCACAGAUUAUUACAGGCAGCCAUGAUACAACCAUCAGAUUAUGGGAUCUAGUUGCUGGAAAGACUAGAGUCACACUGACAAACCACAAGAAAUCUGUCAGAGCCCUUGUCUUACAUCCAAGACAGUAUACUUUUGCUUCUGGCUCUCCUGACAACAUUAAACAAUGGAAAUUCCCAGAUGGAAAUUUUAUCCAAAACCUUUCUGGUCAUAAUGCCAUUAUCAAUACACUGGCUGUGAACUCUGAUGGAGUCCUGGUAUCAGGAGCUGACAAUGGUACGAUCCACAUGUGGGAUUGGAGAACUGGCUACAACUUCCAAAGAAUUCACGCAGCUGUUCAGCCAGGUUCCCUGGACAGCGAGUCGGGAAUCUUUGCUUGUGUUUUUGAUCACUCGGAGAGCAGACUGAUCACGGCUGAGGCUGAUAAAACAAUCAAAGUUUACAGAGAGGAUGACACUGCGGACUGUGAUUAUUCAGGACCAGCUAUGGGCACCCUCAUCCUGUAA